AUGUUCAAUAGUGCAACAACAAUCGAAGUUGAAGAUGUUGAAUCGGAUGAAGAAAGCGAGCCUGAAGUUGAUGGCAUUCCUACAAUCAAGAUUGUUAAAGAAGUUAAGGAAAGAAUCCGAAAACCAUGGAGGAAAGUUCUCAUAAUAAAAUUAGUGGGAAGAACAGUUGCCUACAAGACGUUAAUUAGUCGGAUUAUUGCAUUAUGGAAACUAAAAAGUGACUUUGACUGUAUUGAUUUGGGAAACGGAUUUUAUGCCAUAAAAUUUCAUAUUCAAAUGGAUAGAAUGAAGGUCUUUACUAAGGGGCCAUUGAAGAUUAUGGAUCACUACUUGACGGUGCAAAAAUGGAAACCUAACUUCUUGGCUGAAAAGGCAAGUGUGUCAUCUACGGCAGUUUGGGUGCAUAUCCCGGGUUUACCGAUUGAAUACUUCGAUAAAAGUGUGCUAGUCCAGAUCGGGAAAGCUAUUGGGAUACCACUAAAACUGGAUUACAUAACAGCUUGGACAACAAGGGGAAGAUUCACAAGAAUAUGUGUUGAAAUCGACCUUAACAAACCCCUUCUUCCCAAAGUAAGAGUUGAUAACACUACCUUCAACAUCGAAUAUGAAGGUUGA